AUGGCCAUGGCGGAACAACAUUCAACCAACUCCUAUUUCCAAACCACACACUCCCGAGUCGACUCGAAGCUCCAUUCGGAUUCCUCCUCUGAAAAGGUCGACGAUUGUGCAUUCGCCCCGCUGUCACGCCCCAUCUCCGGUGGUGGACUACGCCGAUGUGCUGCCACCAGAGACCUGACCAGCAUUGGAUCAAACGUCAACUAUUGCGCUAAGGUUUCUGUCGAAUACAUGCUCGGUGAUGCCUCCACGCCGUUCCACGCUCCAUCAUGGAAAUCCCUGUCGGCACCUGAGGGAUCAGCCAGUCGAGUUGUUGUCGAUAAUCUUGAGACUGUCCGCCGUUUCAAGAAGACUUUGUACACUCAACUAUGUCUCGUCGCCGAGGAUGGAUCAGAAGACACAUGGCCCGAGCUGAGCCUUUUCCGGAGAAUAGAUAGUAAUGGGUUUGAACCAAUUGAUGGCGAUCAGGAGGCGCUGUACAUGUUUGCACUCAAGGAUGGUGAUCGAGUAGUGCUGCUUGUACACGAGAGUAGCAGCCGGUCAGGAUCUGCGGCCGACCCUGUAGCACAAUGGGUCGAGGCUAUCAGGACACAGACAGAAUUCGAGGCCAUUGAUGGCUGA